AUGGGAGAUCCAGCAUGCAGUGGCAAAUCAAGUGCAAUGUUCAUCAGGAUGACACCCUACAUCCUUAUGGUGUGCACGCAAUUUGGAUCGGCAGGAAAUUGCAUACUGAACAUGCUAAGUCUCCACCGCGGAAUGAACCGUUACGUGCUCAUUGUGUAUCGCAACGGUGUCGCUGCACUUGUUUUUGCUCCUUUCGCACUCCUUCUUGAAAGGAAAAUAAGGCCAAAGAUGACGCUCUCGGUCGUCUUACAGAUAAUGGCUCUGGCACUCCUAGAGCCAAUCCUUGACCAAGGGUUCGGUUACUUGGGAUUGAAAUACACAUCAGCGACUUUUGCAGCUGCCUUUGUCAAUGUUGUUCCCUCUGCUACCUUUGUGAUCGCUAUGAUUUGUGGGUUAGAGCGAGUGAGAAUUAAGGAGAUACGCAGUGAAGCUAAGAUUAUCGGGACCCUAGUAACUUUUGGAGGAGCUUUGCUUAUGACAAUGUACCAAGUUGAAAACGAUAAAGAAGUACCCGGCAGAACUGAGCCUAACCUGCCUGAUAUGCUUGGCGGGCAGCAUUCAAAGUUUGGUCAUAGCACUCAUUGUAGCACACCACCCUGGUUCAUGGGCCGUUGGUUGGGACAUCAGGCUCUUCACUCCCCUUUACACUCCGAGAAACUUCAUCUUGGAAGUAUUAUUGGAGGCAUCGUAAUCGUAAUCGGCUUAUAUUUUGUUGUUUGGGGUAAAAGCAAGGAUUACUCUACCCCAGAAGUAUCCACCACUGAUGAAAAGGAUGAUCAUCCUCAAGAACUGCCGGUGACAACAAUCAAUGUUGCUACUACUAAUUAA